UCUUGCUCCAUUUGUCAGACUGACAAAGAAGAGAGCAAAUCCAUGACUAACGUUGUCCCAUGGAGUUGGGUCGCCAGGCUCGUAUAGCUUGUCAGCUUACGGCCGGGGCUGAAGAUAAGUGGACUAGCCUGGUUGGGCUCCGCUAGCCUCGUGCAUCAACCCUUAUAAGCCGCCGUGACAUCCUGCCAGCGGCCCAGCAUCCUGCCAGCACCCCCGGCAACUUCGAAGCUUGUGCUCCAUCUCGGUGUAAUCACUCGGUGAAAAUGCCAAUCCUACGUCCUACAGGCGAUGAACCCCGGCUUCCUGCCCCUCUUGGGGGCCCGCACAAGAUGUUCCACGGCUCCUUUGUCAUCGAGUUCCUGCAGGUACCCGCCGACUUGGAUGCCACCGUCUUGAUGCGGGCGACCUAUUUUGGCGGACAUGCUUUGACGAAGCUGGGGAAACAGCAUCCUCAGGCACCUCCACUCCACAUCCACUUCUACCAAGCCGAGUCAUUCAUCGUGGAAUCCGGCGCGGCAGGCACUACGACCACAUACGGUGUGAUCGACACCAUCCACACGACCGAGGGAGCAUACCCUCAGAAUGCAUCUCGCGGUGGCCAUGCAUCCCAGCUACCUACGCGAUCGGCAGACGGUGUGACGCUCAUCCCUCCAUACCUGCCGCAUAACUUCUGGCCAGUAUCACCCGACGACCCCUUCUGGUCCACCACCGAAGGCGAGGCAUACGCGAGCACCCUCCCUGCAGGCCGACACACCGACACCACCCUCCUGAUCUGGGGCCAUCCGAAGACGCACACCGGCCCGCCCACGGGCACCCUCGCCAGCGACUUCCCCCCGGACAUGGACGCCGCGUUCUUCCUGGGGAUGCUGUCCCUCGUCGACGCGGUGCACGGACAGCGGCUCGCGAUGAGCCCCGGGCUGGGGGCCACCCUCAUGGCGACGCAGACCGCCAGUGGGGCCGCCAUGAUCGUCGCGCCCAAGGCAUGGUGGCUGGGGCCGCUGCGCUGGGCGAUUCCCUGGUACAUGCAGGUGCUGAUGGAGUGGACGCGGAAGGUGUUUGACCGGAGGAGUGUGGUGCAGCUGGUGGAGGAUGCCAUCGCGAGGGAAGUGGUGAAGAAGCAGUAACUUGAACAAUCUGCAUAUUUAUAGUAGUCAAUAAUUUCUGAGCAUGGUUUGAAGGCAUGCAUGCAACUCGAC